CUGGCUCCAAAGCUGAGAAGAAGCAGGACUAUUUGACACGAUGGAGAUAGGGAAACAGUGUUAGUACUUCUGAUCACUGUGUUAAGAGGAGAUUUUCACACUGAGGAGAGAGAAAUGACUCUCAGGCUCCUCUCUAACCUUGGGAAGGAUGUGGUGAAUGGAUGAUCAACACAGGACUUCAGUGGCUUCUCUUUAUUCUCCUCAAGUGUCAGGAAAGCUUUAGCGACACUAACAAGCACCAGAAGUCACAUACAUUUUGCGCUUCACAGCAACUUUUCGUGUUCACAGACUGGGAGAGGAACAGGGAAGCUCUCACAUUGACCAAUGUCAACUACCGCUAUGGGCGACUCUGCCUUAACUGGCCUAGAGGCAGCAGGUGUGGAUGCUGUUAACCCUUUAGGGAGCUCCAAUGGUAGCUUGUCCACGAGCAGUGCCUGGGGCAUCAGUGGCAGCGGUCCGUGGCUGUUGGCGUGCAUGUUAACCCUCAUCAUCCUGAUGACGGCUUGUGGAAACACUCUGCUGAUCACUCUGGUGUUUGCCCAGCGCUCCUUACGCAACACCUCCAACUGUUUCCUGGUGUCUCUCUUCCUGUCGGACCUGAUGGUGGCGCUGGUGGUGAUGCCGCCAGCCAUGCUCAAUGUGCUGUGCGGGGCCUGGGUGUUGUCGCCGGGCUUUUGCCCCGUGUGGCUCUGCUUCGACGUCAUGUGCUGCAGUGCCUCCAUUCUCAACCUAUGUGUGAUCAGCCUGGACCGCUACCUCCUCAUCAUCUCGCCUCUGCGGUACAAGCAGAGGAUGACCCUUCCCCGGGCCCUGCUUCUGGUGGGAGGGGCCUGGGGUCUGGCCGCCCUCGCCUCCUUCUUGCCCAUCAAGAUGAACUGGCACAGCUUGGGUCACCGAAGUGGCCAUUUCCCAAUGCACGGGGCUGGCAGUGCCAACAUCAGCACAUACCCAGAGCUAAGCUUGCGGUACCCCGCUUCCUACUUCCAACUGUCACCCUCCGAUGGCCUGUCCUUCCAGUGUCGUCUGCGGGUCACCCUGCCCUUUGCCCUGGUGGCAUCCGUCCUCACCUUCUUCCUGCCAUCCAGCGCUAUCUGCUUCACCUACUGUCGGAUUCUCCUUGUGGCACGAAGACAGGCAAGGCGAGUAGCGGCGCUAAGUCACCCUCCGUACCCGCAACAUUCGCCCAGGGGGCCUUCUCAGCCUCCCUCACCAGGUGGGGGCGCCGCGGGACAUGCUCACCAUGACAGAGAAGACUACAGUCAUCAGGAGCGCUCUAUGUCACGCCAAGUACCGAUGUCAGUGAACAGCGAGCGGCGGCUGGCCCACAGGCAGGGUCGGAGGGCAGUGAAGGCCAGUCUGACUCUGGGAGUCCUGCUGGGCCUCUUCUUCAGCGCCUGGCUGCCCUUCUUCAUCACCAACAUGGCCCAGGCGGUAUGCGAGUGUGUUCCCCCGACACUCUUCGAUGCCAUCACUUGGCUGGGCUACUGUAACAGCACCAUGAACCCCAUUAUCUACCCGCUGUUCAUGCGUGACUUCAAACGGGCCCUGGGGCGACUGCUGUCCUGCUGCUCUACCCGCUCGCCCCGCAGACCCUCGCCGGAGCUCUCCCUCUGCAACUCUGGUGAGCCCAACCUGCCCACAGAGCCCCCCUCCCUGGCUUCCGAUCCCCGACAGCCCCCCGCCACCGCCACAGACGCCGUCAACUUGUAUGACGCAGAGCAUGCUGGGAUUGAGCUGCCCUUGCUGCUGCCUAAUCAGGUGGACACGCUGGACUGAAGGGGAUGAUGAAGAAGAGAGCAUGAACAGAUGCUGUGUUACAUACUAACGUAUGACCACCCAGAGUAGAGGAUGGGAAACAUGGCUGAGGGGAAAGGUUGGUUGGAGGAAGGUGUGUCUUGUUGGGGUUGGUAGCAAGAUGGAAAAAUUAUCUAGGUGUAAUUUAGCAUACAGGGCAGGAGUGGAUGAGGAAGAGCUAAACACUGAGAUAACCAUAAUCCCCAACAGAUGGA